ACACUUCCUCUACUAGCAAACCUAAUUUUUAGCUCAACACUUUAAUGCUUUUGCUAACCUUGAAAACGUUUGGUUCACUUCGUUUCCCUUAAAUUAACUUUUCAGGAUCAAUUCUAAUUUUCUUGGCUGUUUUCUAAACUUUCAGUGGAAUAAAGUUUGAAGUUUUGGUUUUUAACUGUUGAAAAUUCUUUAAUUAAUUAACUUUUAUUUGACCAAAUAUCUUCAUGUCAAACAAGUAACACGGACAAAAUUAGACAGACAGUAUAAACAUGAUAUCCUAAAACAUGUAAAGCAAAUAAAUGUCAAAAUUAAAUUGAUGCUUGAGGGUCACAGUCUUUCUACAGCAUUUAUAAUUUGAACUGAACAUUGUGCUUCAACACCAGCUUCUGCUAAAUACCGUGUUGGCAUAGCACUUUAGCAUUAGCUUUAGCUAAAUACUUGUGAUUUAGGGUUAGCACAACUUACCACUGCACUCAGGUGAUUCCACUCGCCGAGACACUGCUAGCUCUAACUGACUGGACUAUUUUAUCACCUUGACAUUAAAAAAAAAUCUUUUUCUUAAAAAGCCACAUUUUGGUGACAUUGACUGAUUUGUAAAGGCAAUAAAAAAGGUAAAACAUGUAAGGUGGUGAAGACUUUAUCCAGACACUGUAAACACCUUCAUUUAUCCGCAGCAUGUUUGACCUGAUUUACCUUCAGAAAGUGGAAAACAUGAAGGUAGGAGGAGUCUGAGGCCUGCAGAGGUGUGAUGAUCAUGCGGCUGAUUCUGCUGUGAACUGAGUUUAUCAGGUUGCUUCAGAUCAACUCUUCUUCAGUUGGCUGGCAGCUCUAAACAUGUUAUUAGGCUCAAUCUGCAAAGGCCAUCUCAUGGUUUAAGCAGAAAAAGCUGCAAAGCCUUCAGGAGGAUUAUGACCUUUAAAAACAUUGGCAGCAGAACGCCGCCAUCGCUCAGGAACAGGGCGAACAAACUGUUAGAGCGGGCGGCCAUUACUGGUGAUGACACCAUUACUGGUGAUGACACCAUUACUGACACCACUAAUCGGAAACCAUGACCAAUCAACCCAUCAGGUUUCAGGAAGUCCCUGCGUUAUCUGAAGGCUGCAAUGUUCCUGUUAGCUGAAACAGUUUCAUCAGCUUCGUAAUCAGAGUCACCUCAACAGAACCAAAGGAUUAGAUCUGCUGCUGUUGAUCCAAUCCAUGAUCCAGCAGAACCAACAUCAAGCUGGAUUUAAUUCACUUUAUUCAUUUAGAGAUGAUUCACCAGAAACCUCAGGUCGGAUUUAUACCCAGAUCCAUGUAAUCAGUCGUUGACAAUAAGUUAUCCUAGCCGUUUUCAUUCAGUUGUUAACGGUUGUUGAUGUGGCGUCAUCAAGCCUUCAUCAUCUGUAAAUGUGUAAGAGCUGUGAUCUCUUCCAGCAGAAAGUGAAGCUGCAUGUAGCUGAGCAGAAGAAGACCAACCUACAAUCACGACGAGUCAGAUGGAGCUGAUCACGGUGCUCCACUCCUCCAACAUCACCCCUACAGGAGGACCUGCAGAGAACCCAUGCAUCGUCAACGACCAGAUGGGUCCCUUCAUCGUCCUCUACAUCCUCAUCUUCACCUUGGGCCUGCCUGGGAGCCUGCUGUCCGUCUGGGGGUUCAUCCAAAGCCGCAGGUCUCAGCAGAAGCACAGCACCUACGUCUACCUGAUCAACCUGCUUGUGGCCGACAUCCUGCUGCUCUUUGCCCUCCCAUUUAAGAUCCUUAAGGAUCUCGGCUCAGCAUCAUGGAAGCUCAUGGUGUUCCACUGCCAGGCCAGCGGCGUCAUCAUAUACAUCAGCCUUUACGCAUCCAUUGCCUUCCUUGCCUUCAUCAUCGUAGACCGCUACCUGAAGGACCACCACACGGCGCGCUCUCUGCGGCUGCAGGAGUCCAGCUUCGCCUGGCUGUUGACGAUGGUGGUCUGGAUCUUGCUGCUGCUUAUCAUGGUGCCCAAUAUGGUGCUUCCCACAAAGGACUACAAGGUGACAAAGUACCUCAGCUGUUCAUCUUUGAAGGAGAAAAUCAGCCUCCACUGGCACACUCUGACCGUGUUUCUCAACACGGCCCUCUUCCUCAACGCCUCUGCAGCCGUGCUCAUCUCCAGCGCCCUGGCCCUCAAAAGACUCCUGCACAGUCACAGCGACCCCAAACUGUGGCUGGAUGCCAGGAGGGUGGUGCUGAGUGUGACGGCAAUGGCGCUGGCCUACACCCUCAGCUUCGUUCCCUACCAUGUGGUGCGGACGCCGUACACUCUGGCCCAGGCCGAGGUCAUCAAGAACUGCCAGACCAAGAGGCAGCUGUUUCUGGGGAAGGAGUCCACGCUGUUCCUGAGCCUGCUCCACGUCUGCCUCGACCCGCUUCUCUUCUUCAACCUGGAUGCUGCGUUCAGAGAAACAGUCAGGAGGCUCCUUCGCCGCAGCAGAAACCAGGCCGUUGAAGCAGAUCAGCAGGUUGUGCAGGAAGUGAUGCUGCCAAAAGUUCAUGCAGAGGAGGAUACUGCAGUCUAAUCACAGGUCUACAAAGACGAUGAGCAACAUUGCAGAUGCUGCAGCAGAUGUUCAAGAAACUGGAUGUUUUUGGUAAUUCAGGAACAAAGAGCGACUUUUGGGGCAUUGUGUGGCGCAGUGGUUAGAGCUGCAGUUCGUAUUCAGACGCCUCGGACCUCAACAUGGCCGUCUUGAGUUCGAGUCCUCACUUCCUUUGCCUAUCCGCCAUUUGCUGUCAGAUUACUGCUGGAUGAAAGCUAGUAGUGCCAAAACACCCCCCCCCCGGACUUUUAUCUUCUCAACAGGUUUAAGAUGGCUGAACUGGAAUACUACCAGGACUUAACUGGUAAUAAUGACGAUCCUGUAUUUAUAUUGUUUUUCUUGCACUGUCUGCACUGCCUUUGGAGCUGACUCUUUAUGACUUUGGAGGAAUGUUAAGUGACAGAAUGUCAGCAGAGAAUGGAUUCACCCUCCAGAUCAACAUCACAACCCUGAGACGUGAUUACUGGUGAACAAUUCAGGAGAUUGUGAGACUGUUCAGUGAAUCGUUCAUAAUUUAAGUGCAAUCAUUUAAUUUCAUUGUUUUUAUGUAGUUCCUGGAGUUGCAGUCAGUGGUGAAGAAACAGUUAAAUGCAUUCAUCUGCUUGAUGUGUGAUGGCUUGUUGAAUAUUAAACUAAAUUAAAUGCAA